UAACUUCAACUUUAAACGAGUGGUCAAAUGUAAUUCAUAUCACGAAAGGAAAUGAGUAUGAUGACAAAUUCAGAAUUCCGAGUGUGUAUUUUGAACCUAACAGUAACAUUGCAGAAAUUUGCUCAUCAGUAAACGGAAACAACAAGUAUUGUUUUUUUACAAAAUCGUUACCAGUAAUGGAAUGGACUAAGGUAAUGAUAAAACAGUUUUUGACUAAUGGUAACUACUUUUUUUCUAUCAAAAUUAAUGAUGAGACCGUUCAUUCAGUUCAAAACACUGAAGUUAGUCUUUUUAAAAACGUUUUUGUUUAUGUCAGCGAUCCAUGGUGGAGUGCAACACCAGGAUACAUAAGAAACUUAUAUAUCCUAACGCCUAAAGCAGACACCUACUCAUUUUACAGAGGCUUAAGUGACAAAGCCACCUUGUAUAUGUCGGACGUUACUAAAAUUGCUAAUACACUUAUUAUUGGAGCUGACGCAAUAGUUACAUAUAUGGAUCCUUCAAAUGAGGCACACGAUGUUGACGCAUGCAUCUUUACAUGCUUACAAAAUGCUAAUUGUUAUUCUCUAAGUUAUUCUCAAGUUGGAAGUUUAUGCAUGUUAUUUACUUUAAAUACCAGAUACAACCAAAAUUUUUUAAGCAGUAACAUAAAUUGGGACAGUUAUGUGUUUUAAGUUGAGAAAAACGUGCGUUUUUUGAUAAUUUUAUAAAAGGUUGUAACACCAUUGAAGAGCGUUUUUGUAAAAAGGAGCUAAGUCAAUAUUUUCUAAGACUGAGUAAAUUCAACAUACGGAUUCCUUAUUGUAAAAAGUACAAGUCUUACUAUAUUAGCAUGAAUAAAACAACUGUAGAAUUUUAAUAUUCAAAAAGUUACUUUUAUUUUUGUCAAAGCAAUACAAAUAUAAAACGUAAAGUUUUUUUAAGAAAAACUCUCUUUGACUAUAGGU